AAAAAAAAAAAAAAGAAAAAAAGAAAAAGAAAAAGGGGAAAAAGGGUUUGUUUAUUCUGUGUAGUUGGAACCCUAGCACCUCGCACCAGUACUCUCUUUUGCGCGUAUCCACCGUUACAUCAUCACCGCCUCCGCCCUCUCCGAAUCUCUCAUCCCCCAGUUGAAUUGAGAGAGAUGGCGGAUCAGAAGCUGACGCGUAUCGCUAUAGUGAGCUCAGACAAGUGCAAGCCGAAAAAAUGUCGUCAGGAGUGCAAAAAGAGUUGCCCUGUUGUCAAAACAGGUAAACUUUGCAUUGAGGUGACUCCUGCAUCCAAAAUUGCUUUCAUCUCAGAGGAAUUGUGCAUUGGAUGUGGUAUCUGUGUGAAGAAAUGCCCAUUUGAAGCAAUCCAGAUUAUCAAUCUACCAAAAGACUUGGAUAAGGAUACGACUCAUCGUUAUGGUCCUAACACCUUCAAGUUGCAUAGAUUACCUGUUCCUCGACCUGGCCAAGUUCUUGGCUUGGUUGGUACUAAUGGAAUUGGAAAAUCGACUGCGCUUAAAGUGUUGGCUGGAAAACUUAAACCUAACUUGGGACGCUUUAAUAAUCCUCCUGACUGGCAGGAAAUUUUGACCUACUUCCGGGGAUCGGAGCUGCAAAAUUACUUCACUCGUAUUCUUGAAGAUAACUUGAAGGCAAUCAUCAAGCCCCAGUACGUUGAUCACAUCCCAAAAGCUGUUCAAGGCAAUGUUGGGCAAGUUCUUGAACAGAAAGAUGAAAGAGAUAUGAAAGGGGAACUUGGUGUCGAUCUUGAGUUGAAUCAGGUUAUGGACCGGAAUGUGGGAGAUUUAUCUGGUGGAGAGCUUCAGAGAUUUGCUAUAGCUGUUGUAGCCGUACAGAAUGCAGAGAUCUAUAUGUUUGAUGAGCCUUCGAGUUAUCUUGAUGUGAAACAGAGGCUCAAAGCUGCUCAAGUUAUUAGAUCCUUGCUUCGGCCUAAUAGCUACGUGAUUGUCGUGGAGCAUGAUCUGAGUGUGCUUGAUUAUUUAUCUGACUUCAUCUGCUGCCUUUAUGGAAAACCUGGUGUCUAUGGGGUGGUAACCCUUCCAUUCUCUGUCAGAGAAGGAAUUAAUAUAUUUCUGGCUGGAUUUGUCCCCACCGAGAAUCUAAGGUUUCGGGAUGAAUCUCUUACGUUUAAGGUUGCUGAGACUCCCCAAGAAAGUGCGGAGGAAAUUGAGACUUAUGCAAGAUACAAAUAUCCAACCAUGACUAAAACUCAGGGCAACUUCAAACUUAAGGUCAUGGAAGGUGAAUUCACAGAUUCCCAAAUAAUUGUGAUGCUUGGUGAAAAUGGGACAGGCAAAACGACAUUUAUAAGGAUGCUGGCUGGUCUUUUAAAGCCUGAUUCAGUAGAAGGAUCUGAUGUGGAAAUACCUGAGUUCAACGUCUCUUACAAGCCACAGAAAAUCAGUCCUAAAUUUCAGUCUACUGUUCGAAUGCUGUUACAUCAAAAAAUUCGUGACUCUUAUAUGCAUCCUCAGUUUGUAUCAGACGUGAUGAAGCCUCUGCUGAUUGAGCAAUUAAUGGAUCAAGAGGUUGUGAAUCUUUCUGGUGGAGAAUUGCAAAGAGUUGCCCUGACUCUUUGUCUUGGAAAGCCUGCUGACAUAUAUUUAAUAGAUGAACCUAGUGCAUAUCUCGACUCUGAGCAGCGUAUUGUUGCUUCAAAAGUCAUAAAGAGAUUUAUACUUCAUGCAAAAAAGACUGCAUUUGUUGUUGAGCAUGACUUUAUAAUGGCAACAUACCUUGCGGAUAGGGUGAUUGUGUACGAGGGGAAGCCAUCCAUAGAUUGUGUGGCCAACUCACCUCAAUCAUUGCUGACUGGAAUGAAUCUGUUCUUAUCUCACCUGGAUAUAACAUUCAGAAGAGAUCCAACAAAUUACCGUCCCAGAAUCAAUAAAUUGGACUCAACCAAGGACCGGGAGCAGAAGUCUGCUGGGUCUUAUUAUUAUUUGGAUGACUAAUGUGAUUGUUAACAGGCUACGAAUGCUCCUCAGUUAGUUUCACCAGCACCUGGACCUUAAGUGAAAGCUGCUACCUUGCCGUUGGUGCUGUCUGUACUGAAGAAAGUGUUUCUCAUUUUGGUUGUCGAAGUUGAGGGUUAAUUUGAUGAAUGGGGUCUGGUUUACAUGGUGAACCAAGUGUGGUUGCUGACGGCAUUAUGAACAUUAUCACCGGCUAUGGAUAAGCCUUGCUAGUUGGCUUCGAGCAGGAUGUUUUUGUUCACCAGUUUUGGCCGUUUUAGAUGAAUUGUAGCUGAGGAUGUCUUUUUGGUUCUUCGUUAUGAGCAUAUCAACCAUUAUACCUUAUUUUAUCAUUUGUUAUUGGCGGAAAAAUAUUGUUUACAUUUAUCAUAUGGAAAAGGACGAGGUGAGUUAUGUAAAUUUCUGUGUAUUGCUUUGGCAGUUUGAUUGUUGGCCGUCCAACUUUAUUAAGUGAGGGGAGAGUUUUAUGCUUAUAG